AUGUUGAAAGUCUCGCCUUGGAAGGGCAUUACAAGAUUUGGGAAACGAGGAAAGUUGAGCCCUCGUUAUAUUGGCCCUUAUCGAAUAACAGCACGUGUGGGUGAGGUUGCAUAUAAGCUGGAAUUGCCUGAAGAGCUUCAAGGCAUCCAUAGCACAUUUCAUGUGUCAACUCUGAGAAAGUGUUUGGCGGACGAGAGCUCUAAGGUAGCUCUGGAAGAUAUAGAGGUGGAUCAGACUCUAAGCUACGUAGAAAGGCCAAAAGCUAUCUUGGAUAGAAAGGUGAAGAAGUUGAGGAAUAAAGAAAUCUCUCUGGUCAAAGUCCAAUGGAAACAUCAUAAGGGACCAGAGGCAAUGUGGGAGAUAAAGAGUGAGAUGAGAUUAUAA